AUGCUCACUUUUGAGUCUUCUCAAAUCCAAGGUGCUCGCAACAUCAUUGAAAAACUCACAUCUCUUGGUUUCAAUAAGGUGGCUCACAGAAUUUCCACCCUUGAUGCUCAACCUGCAUCCGAGAACGGAGACGUUCUUGUUAUGGUUACUGGUGAGCUUCUAAUUGAUGACGAACAAAAUACCCAGAGAUAUUCUCAGGUCUUCCACCUCAUCCCAGAUGCAGGCUCUUACUACGUCCUGAAUGACAUCUUCAGACUCAAUUACGCUUGA